UUGAAUAGGGAAGUUUUGCAGGGGUUACGCUUGCAGUCAGUCCGCUGUUUGCAAAUAUUGCGUGGGCUCGGCGCGCUGCGGGCUGCGGGAGGGUCCGGACCCGGCGUCCGAUUGCAGCGCCAUCCAGUUUGCAUGAAACUUUCACCUGCGCUCCCGGGGACAGUUUCUGCUCCGACUCCUGAUCGCUCACCUCCCUGUUUUCCCGACAGCGGGGACUGUCUUUUCCAACCCGACAUGGAUGUGCUCCCAAUGUGUAGCAUCUUCCAGGAACUACAGAUUGUGCACGAAACGGGCUACUUCUCGGCUUUGCCGUCCCUGGAGGAAUAUUGGCAACAGACCUGUCUGGAGUUGGAACGCUAUCUCCAGAGUGAACCUUGCUACGUGUCAGCCUCUGAGAUAAAAUUUGACAGCCAGGAAGAUCUGUGGACCAAAAUCAUUUUGGCUCGGGAGAAGAAGGAGGAAUCAGAACUGGAGAUCUCUUCUAGUCCUCCAGAAGACUCUCUGAUCGGCCCCAGCUUUAAUUACAACCUAGAGACCAACAGCCUGAGCUCUGACGUCAGCAGUGAAUCUUCAGACAGUUCUGAGGAACUUUCGCCCACGACCAAAUUUACCUCUGAUCCCAUCGGUGAAGUCUUGGUCAAUUCAGGAAACCUGAGCUCCUCCGUCAUUUCCACACCUCCUUCCUCUCCAGAAGUGAACAGGGAAUCCUCUCAACUGUGGGGCUGUGGGCCAGGAGACCUGCCCUCACCUGGGAAGGCUCGCAGUGGGACUUCGGGGAAGUCUGGUGACAAGGGUAGUGGCGACACCUCCCCAGAUGGCAGAAGGAGGGUACAUCGAUGCCAUUUUAAUGGCUGCCGGAAAGUUUACACUAAAAGCUCCCACUUGAAAGCACAUCAACGUACUCACACAGGAGAAAAGCCUUAUAGAUGCUCAUGGGAAGGUUGCGAGUGGCGUUUUGCAAGAAGUGAUGAGCUAACCAGACACUUCCGAAAGCAUACCGGUGCCAAGCCUUUUAAAUGCUCUCACUGUGACAGGUGUUUCUCCAGGUCUGACCAUCUGGCCCUGCACAUGAAGAGGCACCUCUGAGGGAGCAGAGGGAUGAAUCCUGUACGCUAACAGAGGCUUCCAGGCUGAGGCGGCCAUGGAAGGAGGGAUGCCUGUACCGGCCAAAGCAUGCCAUUUAGCUUCCUACCCAGUUACCUCCAGGGGCCUCUCUUUGGAAGGUCUUUUGAGGGCUACAAAAGUCAUGUCAGAAGCGGCAUAGCACCCACGGUGCAUGGUGUUUGGGUGACCCCGGACUCGCCACUGGUUCCUAACCUUCUGAGAGGCUUCUGAGCCUUUUGCCGUGAGCAUGCGCACUGAGAAUGUUAUUGGGUGGGAUGACUGUAUGUUGAGGAUCUAUUACUGACUGUAUGGUGAGGCAGACUUUUUUUCCCCCUUGUGGUAGCAAAUAACUGCAAGAGACAAAAAAAAAAAAAAAAAAAAAAAAAAAAAAAAAAAAGCAGUUUGAAUGUUUUGUGUGUGAGGAGUACACAGAGGGAUGGGUUGACCACCAAUCAUUUCCUGAAGGGUGUCUGCACCUUAAAAAAAAAAAUAAACAAAAACAAAAAAAAAAAUUAAAAAAACAAAAACAAAAAAAAUGAUGGAAAACCUUGGAGGGUGGGAGUGGGAACUCAGGACCCCAUAGCAGUGAGUGUUAAGGGCAGGGGGAGCCCCUGUCCCCCUUUCCUGUGUGAAAGGACUUUCUGGUGUCUGGUGCAGCUAUAGAGUGCGCAGUGUGUCAAGUAGCUUGUUUUACUGGCUACACGGAGCUCAUUUGUAACCCAUUGUAUAAGCUGUAUUUACAAAUAACAGUGGUCAUUUUCCCUUAUAAUACAAAAGUCCUGCAUGGUCUGGGGAAGCUAUA